GAAGCACGGCAACUUUUGGUUUUGAAUGGCAAGUUUUAGUUUUUUUGGUUUUUUAUGACAAUUUUAAUUCUAAAAACGUCACUCGUGCCACACUUGUGAUCCUUAUCAUUUGGGUAUAUUUGAAACAAGUUUUGGAUAGUUCGUAGGGCGCUGUGCCACACUUGUGACUCUUAUCAUUUAUCAUUUGGGUAUAUUUGAAACAAGUUUUGGAAAGUUGGUAGGGCGCUGCGAUCCUCACUGCCGUCCUCUACGGAGAGCUAGACGCAACUGCAGUGCAGUCUCGCUGCCGCCGCCAUGCAUGCCGACGCCAUUGCCACUACUCAUCCAUGAGGACCAAGCCCCCGACCUUCUCGGUCACCACCGCGUCGCAGCUCCACGACGCCAUCGACCGCCUCCUCCCGCUGCUCCGCGCCGACGCCGCCCACGCCCCGGCCGCGCGCGCGCUCGCCGCGGCCGCCGCCUCGCUCCCGCCCUCCACGCUGCUCUCCAACCGCCUCCUCCACCUCCUCUCCUCCAACGCCGCCUCCCUCCCCGACGCCCUCGCCCUCCUCUCCUCCGCCCCGAGCCCCGACCGCUGCUCCUACAACACCCUCGUCGCCGCGCUCUGCCGCUCGCCGCGCCACCUCGCCUCCGCGCGCGCGCUGUUCGACCGAAUGCCCCACAGGGACCACUUCUCCUGGUCCGCCAUCGUCUCCGCCUACUCCCGCCACGGCCGGCCCCUCGACGCGCUCGCGCUCUACCGCCGGAUGCAGGGGGAGCCCGGGAGCGCCGACGCCGACAACCAGUUCACCGCGUCCAGCGCGCUCGCUGCCGCCACCGCCGCCCGGUGCGCCCGCGCGGGCAGGGAGCUGCACUGCCACGUGGCCAGGAGAGGGAUCGGCGCGGGCGAUGCCGUCAUGUGGAGCGCGCUGGUGGACAUGUACGCCAAGUGCGGCCGGUUGGACGAUGCCAGGAGGGUGUUCGAUGGGAUGCUGGUCCGGGACGUCGUCUCCUGGACGGCGAUGGUGGAGAGGUACUUUGACGCCGGGCGCGCCGGGGAAGGAUUCAGGCUGUUCCUCCAGAUGCUGAGAGCCAGAGGUGUUCGACCGAAUGAGUUCACGUACGCGGGGGUUCUGCGUGCUUGCGCAGAGCUCGCCGUCGAGAGCCUCGGGAGGCAGGUGCAUGGCCGAAUGUCAAAGAGCAGCGUCGGCGACUCGUGCUUUGCAGAGAGCGCGCUCCUGCACAUGUACUCCAAGUGCGGGGACAUGGCCAGUGUGGUGCUUGUAUUCGAGGGGAUGCCAAAGGCAGACCUGGUGUCGUGGACGGCAAUGAUCUCUGGCUAUGCGCAGAAUGGUCAGCCAGAGGAGGCGUUUCGCUACUUCGACAUGUUCUUGAGGUCAGGAAUUAGGCCUGAUCAUGUCACGUUCGUUGGUGUUCUCUCUGCUUGUGCUCAUGCUGGUCUGGUCGACAAAGGUCUGGAGGUCUUCCAUUUGAUAAAGGAUACGUAUGGCAUUGCACACACCGCUGAUCAUUAUGCUUGCGUGAUCGAUCUACUCAGCCGAUCAGGUCAGUUUGAACGGGCAGAGGAGAUGAUCAACAAGAUGGCUGUCAAGCCUAACAAGUUCCUGUGGGCAUCCUUGCUUGGUGGCUGCAGGAUUCACAAGAAUGUCCGCUUAGCUAGGCGGGCAGCGGAAGCAUUGUUCGAAAUAGAACCUGAAAAUCCUGCGACCUAUGUUACUCUAGCUAAUACUUAUGCAUCGGUCGGUCUGUUUGAUGAAGUUGAGGGUGUAAGAAAGAUCAUGGAUGCAAAGGGCAUAACGAAAAUGCCGGCGUCAAGUUGGAUUGAAGUUGGAAGAAGGGUGCACGUAUUUCUGGUCGGUGAUAAGUCACAUCCUCGAACUGAAGAAAUCUAUGCCCUUCUGAAAAAGCUUUAUGGGAAAAUGAGGGAAGAAGGGUAUGUAGCGGACACCGGAUUUGUUCUCCAUGAUGUUCAAGAUGAGCGGAAGGAGCAUGACAUUGGCUACCACAGCGAACGACUUGCUGUUGCAUUUGGGAUCAUUGCCACUCCUGAGGGUUCCCCUAUCAAGGUUUUCAAGAAUCUGCGGAUAUGUGGGGACUGUCACACUGCUAUUAAGCUCAUAUCGCAGAUUGCUCAGAGAGAGAUCAUCGUAAGGGACUCGAAUAUAUUUCAUCACUUCAAGAACGGGGUUUGUUCUUGCAGAGACUAUUGGUAAUCUAUGCUGCAUAUGUGGCUGGUGUCACAUGAGGUUAUUUUUUCGAGAAAACCCAAAUGGCCUUUACGUUUCAUUGCAUUGGAAAGAGAGGGAAUUUACAUCCUCCUAGGAGGCAGGUUUACCUCCUAGGCUCAUGAGACUUCUGGUGUCACAUGAGGUUAUUGCAAUCCAGGCUCCAAGACUCCUUAUGAAGCUGCUAUUAGGAAAAUGGCCUCCAAAGUUUGUAGCUCCGAUACCUUGGACAAUUUUUCUGCUCUGUUCAAAGGCUAAGUUAUAUACGUACAUGUUUGCUUUCUUGUAUUAUAACAUAUCUUGUAAAGAUGAGCAUUUUGUACAACUGGUUUGCUAGAAAUGAUCAACCAACAAUAACCCUGUCUUUGUUUGGCAAAUCAGAAGGAAAUUAUACUUCAUAAA